UUUCGCAGGCAGUGGGAUGUGCAGUUGGCGAUCAAGAAGGGCCACAUGUACUUGUCUCGUGGGUGGGAGAAGUUCUACCGUGCCUACGACCUGCAGCUGGGGUACUUCCUUGUCUUCAGGUACGACGACGACGCCAACAUGCUCAUCGUGAAGGUGUACAACAAGACUAUGUGUCACAUGCACUACGCUGCCGAUGAUGAUGCCGGUAGGAGCAGCAGCAGCGACACUGGCUACAGCCAAAGCAGCAGCGACUAUGGCUGUAGCGAAAGCAGCAGCGAUUCUGGCUGUAGCGAAACUUAA